AUGCCCCAGAUCACAGUACUCUACUUCGCUGCGCCGUCUACCGCCACAAACCUCACCUACGAGUCCAUCGCAUUGCCAUCGCCCGACGAUUCAAGAACAGACGUCGACUUCCAUGAUUUUCGGCUCUCAUCCCUACCCGCCCUUCUCUGGAGUGUCGAUGCGGAGAUGGUCGACAACCCGGAAGACGUGGUGCUGAAGGGCGGAGAGGAAGUCGCGGUGAUUUGUCCCGUCUCCGGGGGAUGA